GGCAACCACAACAAGUGUCGCGCGGAGUUCCGGGGGAGAAAGUUCAAGCUACCGAGAGUUGACCAUCAGUGAAUUUGUCUGAUGAGCAAAGAUGCCAGAGAAGAGUCCAAAAAGUGCAGCAAGCAGUGCAGGCAGUAGAAGGAGAGAUCACCCUGAGGACGUUUUCCCCUUGGUCCUGACAUCAGCGACCCAGGAGCUCUUUGGUUGCUGUGCGGAUGAGGAUGUCACAGGGGAGAGUCCUUACAAGCUGCUGAAAAAAGACGACAUCAUACAGGACAUUAAGAGAAGAGCUGCAGUGUCCGAUUUCAGCCCUGUGAAGCAGAUAGUGCUGGACUACCCAGAUGAUGAGAUCUUGUUGGUGUUUGACAGAGACUUCACUUAUGGUCAGAGUUUCUACCUGGUUCUGACACCAGAAGCUAAGGACAGAAUCCUCAAUCCCCCAGAGGCUGAGAUACCAGAAGUGGUUGAAUGUGAAGUCAAUAAAACCCCAGAACCAAAGCAAUGGAUAUCACUUGGCAGUGAGCUGGAAAUCGAUGAAGAAUCUUUUAAAGAGACCAGAGAAAAGCUGUGGUACAAGUUCUCUCGAAUGCGUAGGAAGUUUGGGGCACCUGUCUGUUUUUUCGAUCGCAACACUGCAGAUGUUAGGGACGGCUACCUGGAGUGUGCUUCCUAUCAAGACAGCAGAUUCAGCAUCAAGCAGAUGCGAAGGGACUGCGGGAUGCAGGCUGUUCCCACACUGCAGAGCAGCAGUGCUCAGACGCAGUGGAGACAUCAGAGGAAUAUGUUCACGCAGUACAAGCCAAGAGAAUUAAUUGAAGAAGAUAUUGAAAACGUCCUCCAGAGUGAGAGUCUGAAGAAUUUUUGCAACUCAGUGACUUUCAGUGUUCUACAAGCUCUUCAGCAGGAAGAGAUCAUGAAUGUGUUCUUUGACGACUGGAAGGCCCUGGAGGCGUCUCCUGAAGCUGACAACUGGUCAGGGAAGGUUUCUGAAGGAAUGAUGCUUUAUCAGGCCUUCACAGACCAGACGUAUACUAAGGACAGAAGAAUCAGCUGCAUUAACUGGCACCCGACUAUCUACGGUGUGAUAGCUGUGGCUUUGACAGAGAAAAAAGAGGAGUGGUUUAAUGAGUCGACUACAUUUGAUGCCAGACCGUCCCUCAUUGUCUUCUUUUGCUUCUCUGAUCCCUUUAAUCCUCAGUUGCUGCUGGAGUGCCCAGAUGACAUUUUUGCCUUUGAGUUCUGCCCGUCAGAUCCAAAUAUUAUCGUUGGCGGCUGCAUGAAUGGCCAGGUUGUGUUGUGGGACAUUUCUGCUCACAUUAUGCUCUUACAGGGGACACAGACAAGUGUUAAAAAGGUGUCUGUUGACACUGAGACAUUCGACCUGGGCGACAACAAAGGGAAUAAGACUCCUGUCGUGCGCUACUGUGCAGUGUCUGCUGUAGACAGCAGCCACAAAGCACGAAUAACUGAUGUCCAGUGGCUGCCACCAACGUUUGAGGUGACCAGGAUGGGCAAUCCAGUGGAGAACAAGUACAACACUUCUGUUCAGGUCGUAACCUGCUCUCCUGACUGUGCUAUACUGUUCUGGGAUGUACGAUUGCCAAGACUGCUGAGUCAGUACUCCUCUGACGGAAAGGCUAUUGUAGAUCAGAAGACCCAGAUGACACCCUACAGUGUACCUGACACUUUCAAACACCUGGACCGCACAUGGAAACCGCUAUUCAGGGUUUCACUACCAAAGAUCAAUACCAGUGGAGAAUAUGCUCCUCUGAGGUUCAACUUUGAAUACUACUCUGAUAAUGGUGACACAGAGAGGAAAGCAGAUGAAAAUGACGAUCAUUCAGAGAUCAUCCCGGGCUACAGCCAGCUCAGAAUACCCUCAGCCAAGACACACAGAGCUCUGGAAGAUGUCAAUACCAAGCUUUAUAUUGGAACCGAGGACGGGGAGAUUGUUUACACUGACUGGAAACUGGACAAGGACAAUUCAGGACGGGUGCACAGUGCCAAGCCGCUUCACUGUUACAGUGUCCAUCACUGGUCGGUAAAUACGGUACAACGAUCGCCCUUCUACAAAGACAUUAUUUUGACCACAGGCGGCUGGAAUUUUGCAAUCUGGAAGGAGGGAGUCAUGGAUGGCCCCAUCAUCCUGUCACCAAGCUCUGAGCAGGUUUGCACAGUGGGAUGUUGGUCCCUGUCCCGACCUGCUGUCUUUUUCAUCGGGAAAGAUGAUGGCCGUAUUGAUGUGUGGGAUCUGCUGGAAAAGACCAGUGAACCUGCACGGGUCCACGCCCACAUCACCAACGCCAAGAUUACUUCUAUUAAACCCUGGAGCGCCUCGCCAAAGCAGCACUUUCUGGCUGUGACCGACGACCUGGGGAUGGUUCGGGUUUUUGAAAUCCCAAAGACGCUCUACAUGCCCUCCAGGAAUGAGAGUGCAAGUGUGAAGAAAUACUUUGAACUGGAGGAAAACAGGUUGAGUGAUUACUUGAAGAGGGAUGAACUGUGGGCAAGACAGAAAAAGGAGGCUGACGAUCUCAACAGGAAAAUGGAGCCCAACAAACCAGUGAAAUCCCUGCAGGAGACUGAAGACAUUAACAUGAAUGAGUACAGUGAUUUUCUGAAACUGGAGGAAAACAUCCUGAAGGGCAUCAGCCUGUGGACAGCUACUGCAGACACACAGUAUCCCUGAUAUCACACACAAACACACACACAAAUGCAUGUAUAUUAUUUAUCAUGUUUUAUAAAAUUUGAAUGGCUUAAAAUAGUCCAUAGUUCGUCUUUUUUUUGCAGAAUUUACAUAAAAACAAACCAUUAAAUAUGGUUAUUGAAAUAUUUUCAUGUAAAAUAUGAGAACUACAAACAUUUUAGUCAUAAACAUUCAGGUAGCUUUUGAAUUUAUACUUUUUAUACCAUCUGUUGUCUUCAAUAGCCCAUCUGAGAUUUACAGUAAUUGCUGGGUAAUGCCAUAAAUUAAU